UCUCCCGCCUCGUCGCCGGUCUCGGCAACAACCCGCAUACGACCCUGACUUCGAGGCGGCCUACGUGGUCGCUCAUCAAGAAUAUCAGGUGGCCUUCAACCAGCACCAGCAGCACUUCAUGGAGUACAUGGCAUAUAUACAUGCGUCGAUGGUGGCCAAUCAAACUGGACAGACAGCGGAUUUAGGGCCGAUGCCUCCCUUUCCGGGGCCGGCGCCAAACAUGCCAUCGAAGGAAAAUUUCGCUGCGGAGUACUAUGGGAGAACAACGGGAACGGGAUGUUCCGGAAACCAGGGUGGUGGGAGGGAGAUCACACCGGUUCAUCAUGGUGGUCCUUCUCCCGGUGCUACACCCGGUACUUCUCCCGGUACUUCUCCCGGUCCUUCUCCCGGUGGUUCUUCCGCAGCUUCUACCGGAAGGAAUCGGCCCGGGCCGGUGUCUAGCGGCGACGAGCUCCUCUAGUUGUCGCAUUGUAUCUCUUAUCGACACUAUGGCACCAUGUAUGCACACUAGGGCACCACCAUGUAUGCACAUUAUGGCACUAUGUAUCCACUAUGACACUAUGUAUGCACUUCAUGUUAUGUGUAUUUGCACUUCAUGCGAAG